CUGUCGAACAACUGUUCGAUUGUCAGAAAAAUUCGUCAGAGUGCAGAAUUCCUUCGUGAAAAAAGACCAAUUUUGAGGAAAAUACCGGAAAUUGUGUCAGUUCAGCGGGAAUUUCUGCGAGGAAGGAGGAAAAAUGAUUGGUGGACUGUUUGUUUACAAUCACAAGGGAGAGGUCCUCAUUUCUCGUGUCUAUCGGGAUGACAUUGGGAGGAAUGCAGUGGAUGCAUUCAGGGUUAAUGUCAUCCACGCUAGGCAGCAGGUUAGAUCCCCGGUCACAAAUAUCGCCCGGACCAGCUUCUUUCACAUUAAGCGAGCAAAUAUCUGGCUAGCAGCUGUUACUAAGCAAAAUGUCAAUGCUGCAAUGGUCUUUGAAUUUUUGCUCAAAAUUAUCGAUGUCAUGCAGUCAUACUUUGGGAAAAUCUCCGAGGAAAAUAUCAAGAACAAUUUUGUGUUGAUUUAUGAAUUGUUGGAUGAGAUUCUGGACUUUGGGUAUCCUCAGAACACUGAUACUGGGGUCUUGAAGACCUUCAUAACGCAACAGGGUAUCAAGUCAGCUACAAAGGAGGAGCAAGCUCAAAUAACAUCCCAAGUUACUGGCCAAAUUGGUUGGCGUCGCGAAGGUAUUAAGUAUCGUCGCAAUGAGUUGUUCCUCGAUGUUUUGGAGUAUGUGAAUCUACUGAUGAGCCCUCAGGGCCAGGUGCUCUCUGCCCAUGUUGCUGGAAAGGUCGUAAUGAAGUCCUACUUGUCAGGAAUGCCAGAAUGCAAGUUCGGGAUAAAUGAUAAGAUUGUUAUGGAGGCCAAGGGACGUGGGGGUAUUUCUGGGAAUUCUGAAUCUGAAACUUCUCGCUCCGGGAAGCCAGUGGUUGUCAUUGAUGAUUGCCAGUUCCAUCAGUGCGUCAAAUUGAGCAAAUUCGAAACUGAACACUCCAUUAGCUUUAUUCCGCCUGAUGGGGAAUUUGAAUUGAUGCGCUACCGCACUACCAAGGAUAUCUCUCUGCCCUUCCGUGUGAUUCCACUGGUUCGUGAGGUAGGGCGAACCAAGAUGGAAGUGAAGGUGGUGCUGAAGUCAAACUUCAAGCCGGCUCUUCUGGGGCAGAAAAUUGAAGUGAAAAUUCCAACGCCUCUCAAUACAUCUGGGGUUCAAUUGAUCUGCUUGAAGGGCAAAGCCAAGUACAAGGCCUCGGAGAAUGCCAUAGUUUGGAAAAUUAAGAGGAUGGCUGGGAUGAAGGAAACCCAGUUGUCGGCUGAAAUUGAAUUGUUGGAAACGGAUACCAAAAAGAAAUGGACCAGACCACCGAUUUCAAUGAACUUUGAGGUGCCAUUUGCACCUUCUGGAUUUAAGGUGCGCUAUCUCAAAGUAUUUGAACCCAAAUUGAACUAUUCGGAUCACGAUGUUGUCAAAUGGGUUCGCUAUAUUGGACGCAGUGGUCUGUAUGAGACAAGAUGCUAAAUAAUUUCUAACAGUAAUAGCGCGGUAAUGCAUAAAUAUUAAUAUAUUGUGUGUAUAGAUGACAAAAAGAAAAUUCUCAUUCCAAUAUUAGCUAUUAUGAGAUAUUAUGUUACACAUAUUCAAUGACCAUUUUAAUAUGCAUAAAAAAUCCUCAUUUGCUUGGUAUUCCAUAAAAUCAUAAAAUAUAAGAAGGUAAGUUAAAGACGACAAGAUUAAAAAAAAAAUUGUAGCAAAAUGUAAAAUCAUGGAAUAUCUCGUUGAAAUAAAAUGUUAUAAAGCGAAUAUAAGAAAAAA